AGGAAGAAUUGAAAAUCUUAUGAGGGUGGGGGGUUGGCAAGGGUCCUGCCUGCAUUUUACAAUAAUACAAUUCAUGCAUGCGGAGAAUAGAAGACAAGAAACGAUUCGAAACUUAGGCUGAGCGUCUGAGCGAGUCUUCAUUUCUUUUGGGAACUGCAACGUUUCGAAGUGUUACUGGAGUUAUUGGAUUGGAAGUUGGACACUCUAAGCCGAGGGCUUAAUUAAGACGCGAGAGACAAAACGCAGAGCGCGUUUAGUCCACACAUAAAAAUACGUAAAUUUGGUUUUUACGUGAUUUUGAAAGAGAAACUUGCAUAGCCGAUUACCAAGCAUCAUGACCGCGCCAUGGGAACGCAUCUUCAGACAAGAAAUGUUGCUUCGACCAACAUUACCCGUGCUCAAGGUUAACCCUGAGGAACUGCGAGAAAUGGGCAACAAGUUUUUCAAGUCAGGCGACUACUGGAAUGCAAUUUCGUUCUACACCAAGAGUCUGGCCAAAGCUGCAGCCGGCAGCAAAGAGCGCGGCCUGGCCUACGCCAACAGGAGCGCCGUCCUGCUGUCCCUGGGCUACUACGACGAGUGCAUCAGCGACGCCAAAAUUGCCUUGCAGAACAAAUACCCUGACAAUUUGGCCCACAAGUUGCAUAUGAGGAUGGCCACCUGCUGCAAAGCCCUGGGCCGAGAAGUUGAGGCUCAAGAGAACCUGCAGGCAGCCAUUGAGACGGUCAAGAAACAAAAUAUGAUACCCGAGGUGAAGGAAGAGACAGUCAAAGGUUUCCAAAAGCAGUUGGCAGACAAUCACAACAGUGUGAUGCCAAAUCUUCGAGUCGAGCACCUCGCUGCACCUUGUCCGAGUUACGGGCCGAACCCAGAAAACCCACUCGUCUCAGCUGCUGUCACAAUUCGUCAAAAAGGGCAGCAUUCAACAUUUUUUGCAAACAGAAAAAUCAAUACUGGUGAUGUUCUCAUUGUUGAGAAACCCAUUCUCUCAUUGUCCUCCUGUCUUGAAAGUGGUGGUGAUCAAACUUGGAUUCACUGCUGUCAUUGCCUCAAACUCUGCCUGAACCUCCAGCCUUGUCCAACAUGCAAAUGGGCAUGCUAUUGCAGCGAAGAGUGUGCUACAGCUGCUUGGAAUAAAUAUCACAAGCACGAGUGUGUGAAGAAGAACAAGAUUGCAGAAAAUAUUAUCAAGCAGGGAGGAAUCCAAAGAAAAGGAGACAACAUCCUUUGUGUCCACCUAUCAUUUGCUGCGAUUGCAACCUUUGGCCUCGAAAACUGCAUAAACGCCAUUCAGAAUGACAAGUUUUCUGACGGUGCCUCUGAAGAGUUGAGGGAUUUCUUGAAUUUGAAGGUGCGGAACAUUGGAAAUCGUUCGGCAAUCAAUGUCGCCUGCACAAACGGAAUGGGGCUUGUUGCUGACAGCUGUGGCGUUUCUGGGGAAAAGAAGCUAGCUCUGGUCAAGUUUUUGGAGAAAGCCAUGCAAAUCCUGUUUUCUAACUUUGUCCCCAUUGCUGAUGUUUCGUUGUUGAGGUUUAACGACGAGAUCGUCGUUGACAAAGACUACCAUAACAUUGGCUGCGGACUUUACCCUGUCGCAAGCUUGUUGAAAUCGCACUGUGAUCCUAACACGGUCCAGGUUUUCCACCAGAAGACCAUGGUGAUUCUUGCUGGACGACCGAUUGAGAAGGGGGAGGAAAUUGUCAUGCUUAGAGACAUCAACUAUGCCCUGGUGCCACUGCAGGCUCGGCGCUUAUAUUAUUCACUCACCAACUGCCCUUCGUACGUGUGCCGCUGCAGAGCUUGCAGCGAGGAUUGGCCUGUUCUGGAAGAGCAAGAAGCCUGCCAUAAUUUUAUGGCGAGAAAUCCCGAAUUCAGAGGACAUCUCCAGAAGCAGUAUCGUCGGAACAUUACUGCCCAUGCCACUAACUACAAAUCAUUGUCUCUCUUCACUCCGGAGAAUUUCAAACUGAGUGUCAAAAUCCAGGAAUUGUACCGUCAGCAAAGAAGAGAUGACCUGCAGUUCAACGCCACAUUUGAUUUUGUGGUAAAUUAUUUGAAUGUGAAGACCAAGAAAUUCUUUACUUCUGGUUCUUGUGUUGAGCCCUCAAAGAAGUUGGGGCAUAGCAUCCCUCGUCGUAUUAUGUGAGAGCCUUUUGAAAUAUCAAAUGGAUUUUUCAUAGUAGACGUUCCCAUAAAUUUUUGUAAUAAAUAUAUAAGCUGUUUUGAUAAGAAUCUGUAAGAAUCAAAGUAUUGUGCAACAUAAAACAUGAAUAUUAAUUUUGUAAGAAUAUACACACUUUUUAAAUGCUAACGUACAUCACCAAAAAUCUAUCUUAUUAAAUUGAAAAAUAAUGAAACUAAUCUAAAAAUUAAUA